AGUUAUAGCAAGUUUGAAUCUUCUGCUGUCGUAACUGAUCCGUAAAAAUCUAGAAACAGUCAAAGCUUAAGACCAAUGGAAGGUCCAUUUCUAAAGUCUUCGAAUACAUUCAUAGUUUUCGUCCCCUGGAUUUUAAAAGCUCAGGCAAAUUGCCAUGACCAUUUGAAUUCCUCUUUCAAUCUUAAAUUAGCUUCAAGCCUCCAUCCAAUAAUCCACACCUCAAAAUUCAAAAACAAUCUUUUCCAACCAAGUUUCAAGUACCCUUUAGCCCUUUAUUGCUGUCUGUUGAUUCUUUUAAGAGACAGGAACAACAAAUUAAAGAAAGAAAAAGGGGGAAAAAAGAAGACAGAAGCAAGCAAAAAAGAGAUGGCAUGCUUUGUGCCUUUCAAUAACAGGAAUUUGGAUAUAAGUUUUUUUGUCUUCAGGCCCACGAUGGUUUUAGUUGAUGAGUUAAUUGAAACGCUUAAGCACUUUUCUGGGAGCACUGAGAGCCUUGGUUGUGCUCAGAGUUCCAUAUUGAGAAGCAUCCAUGGAAAUAUGAUCAUAUGGUAUGGAGCAUGGAUGAAGAAAUCUAGUGAGAACAAAGAGUUGUUGACUGCAGCCCUUUUAUCAAUGUUAACAAGCAUAUCAAGCAUGGCAAUCUUGAUUGAACAUGGCUUCUUUGAUGCUUACGCCGGCGAAUCAAGAGACGGGUCCUCAGCAGCGAAAUUUUCAACCGGAGAUGCAAUUUCCAUUAAUAUAAUAGUGCCACAAUCAGGAGACGUGAAUGACCUAUCCUAUGCAAACUUGGCACUCUUCAAAUCGCACUUCCUGAAGAUGGAAGGAGCAAGUGCUGGAGUGUGCCUGAAUUGCCAGAGCAAGCCUAAAGUGGCAAGCCUUUAUGUGUGGAAAUCUCUCCAAUUCUGUUACUCAUGGAUUAUAAAUUCUGAUCACAGGAGGACAAUGCUACCCUAUCUUGAACGUUUUUCUCUUGACAUUAAGUAUGACAUUUUUAGGGUAGUUUUUGUUAGCAGUGACAACCUACUAAGUUACCAACAUCUUCCUUCUAAUCAGAUGUUACAAAAUGAAGGGGCCAGCAAAGAAAAAGGCCAGGUAAUUAUGCAAGAUUAAGAAUAAUUAUUGAUUAUUCCUACAAUACCCUUUUUGUGCAAAAAAUGUUCCUAAUGUAAAUUAAUAUUGUUCAUAAACUCCUACUACUUUAAUACACCUGUGUAUUCCAUA